CUCCGCUCUCAGCUGUGGUGCCAGUAUCCUGGCCCACUGGCCAGACGCUGUACCUGGACCUCUCUUUGGUCGCCCUUUCCCUGUCUUCCAGAAGCUCCGGUACUCGCCUAGCCUUUCCUGUGGGUGCCCACUGUCCCUCCCCCAACUUCUUUUCACGCAGGUGUCCGGCGUCCGCAUGUGGGACAUGGAACAGGAGGAAAGGAGAAGGGUCUCGGGGAGCCUAGGUGCCAGCCAACAGACAGCAAAUGAAACCAGUACGCCGGGGUCUCCAACCUGCACUGACAGCUGCAGUGAUCCUGCACAAGCAGGGGUCAGCAAGGAAGGGAUGCUGAUGCGAGAGCUGGAGGCGCUGGUCCUGGAGAUGGUGAAGACGAGUAGUUGGUGGGAGCGGCAUGGCCUGGAUUGCUUCAUCCUUGCUCUUAACUUCCUCGCUCUACCCUUAGGAUUCCUGUGUCUUCGAUCUCAGAGUGCCCUGGUCUUUGUCCUAGGGAUCGUCAUCCUGGGGGUGGUGCAUCACACAUUCACAGUCAAGGGCAGCCAUCUGGCCAGCCAUGGUGCCCUCAGCAAGUCCAAACACUGGAGCAGAUUUUGGGUGCUCUUCUUUGUGGAAGUGUGCACUUCGUUUACAUCUGAACAGGCCACACAUGGCCAUGUGAAGUUACAUCAUGGUUACACCAAUGUGGUGGGAUUGGGGGACUCGAGUACGUGGAAGGUGCCUAUCCUGAAUCGAUAUGUCUACAUGUUCUUUGCUCCAUUGAUGUUACCCAUCAUCACCCCUCUGGUGGCACUUGGGCUGCUGAGGAAGGAGGAGCCCAGGAUAAUUCUUCGGACUUUGUGCCUCAUGUCCCUGGGGCUCUUCUCUCACUACUGGCUGCUGAUCAAAGUCUCUGGUUUCCAGUCUCCUGGGUUUGCUCUUCUCUGCAUGCUUAUCACCCGGGGCCUGCUGGCUCACCCCUACAUCCAUGUCAACAUCUUCCAGCACAUCGGGCUGCCCAUGUUCUCUUUGGAUAAGAAGCCCCGGAGGAUCCACAUGAUGAGCCUUGGGGUGCUCAACCUGCCCCGAAACCCUAUCCUGGACUGGACAUUUGGCCAUUCCCUCAUCAGCUGCCAUGUGGAACAUCACCUCUUCCCCCAGCUCUCUGACAACAUGUGUCUAAAGGUGAAGCCAGUGGUGUCUCAGUUCCUUCAAAGGAACCAUCUGCCAUACAAUGAGGACUCCUACCUGUCAAGACUUGGGCUUUUCUUGAGCAAAUAUGAGGACCUCAUGGUGCAUGCCCCUCCCAUCACUGACCUCGUGGGGCUCCAGUGAGGAUGUCCCCUUAUUGACAAGUCUCCCCAGCCCCCUUGCGCUCACCAGGGUUCUGGCUCAAGAUCCUUCUGCUUUGGCUGGGAACAUACCCAGAGACAUCACUCUAGAACCUAAGCCUGCCUCUCUCUCUGCUCCCUGGAGCUCUGAGUAGAUUGAGGGGCUUCUCUUGGAUGGGUACUAUGUCUGCUUUUUUACCUUUCCAUCUUGGGGUGGGAGGGAUGGGUUUUGAGUAGGAGGUAAUCCAGCACUGUACUUCCCCCAGAGGACAAGUGGAUAUAUGCCCUGGAGGCCCAUGGAGCAUUUCAAUCUGUUUUCUACUUUCCUGAGUUGGGCAUAGAGUAGGCAGCAAAAGUGGUGGCCUAUCCUCCCUUGGGGAUGGUGUAUCCUUCUCCAUAAUACUUUAGACUACCUUCAUCUUAGGACAAAUCAGCCUGAUCCUUUAUCUCCUUCCUCUGUCUUCCUUUCUCACUCUGACUGUGAAGUGUCAGUGAGGGCAGUAGGCUUUGCUGAGGCAUUUGGUAAGAAAGGAAAACGAAGGGAACCUUGGGGCCUGUGGGUUCCCGAGAAACCCGCCACGUAGUAGUCACCGAGUUCCACUUCAAGGCUGCAGUUGCCAAUACACUAUGGGAACCCCAGCUUAGGCAAGCCAGAAUCAGCCCAAGAUAUUGCCUCAGCAUUUUCUGUGGCUCAGGGUACUUCUCUAGGAUCUGGGGAAGAUUUGACGGCAAAGGGAAAUGGGAUUAAGCACUUCUUUCAAGAUGGAAAACACGGAUAGGAACUUAGAGACAUCUGUGAGUAAUCUUGGUGAUCACUAGAAAAAAUCUAGUUUUGAAAAAGGUUAGGAGAGUGUAAUCUCUUGGAGAGAAGAGGCUUAUGGUAGGGGGAAAUGGCUGGGGAUGGAAAUAAAAUAAGAAAAAGAUUUGGAAUGAGAGAGUUAGACAGGAAACAGAGAGGAAGAGGAGGAGAAGAGGACAGGAUAGUUAAUGCGGUGGGGGAGGGGGGAAAGGAAACCUUGAAGGCAAGGGCAAUGACAAUACAGAUCUGACAUACUUUAGCUUGAAGCUUGUAAUAAAUUAUAAGGGAAUGCGGCAGGGAGAGGGAGGGGGAGGAAAGGGGAGUAGGUGACUAGAAGAGAGGCCAGGGGAAUAGAGGGAGCUGUAGGACACCCACAAGGCUCAGACUGGACAGGUCUGGACUGGCUGCAAGGCUGCGAGUGUGGCUGGCUUGGUUACGUGGCCAUACACCAAGUAAAGUAGUUAAAAAGUACGCUAGGAUUUAUUCUAGGAUUUCAGUUGAAAUAAUUUGAGAAUAAGUCACAGGACAGAGCAGAGGAUUCUAAUUAUUCAGAUGGGGAAUGGGCGCUUAAGGUUUGGGGAAAAAAAUCAGAAAGUCAGCCUCAGGUUUAGGGAAAUUCUCUCAGCCUUGGAAGAAGGGAACAUAAUCAUUCUCCAGGGUGAUUUGCUGCGCUAUCUUUGAUACCAGAAGUUAUCUUCACUCUGUCUUAUGGAGGCAGGGAAGGGGGCUGGGGCAGCCCGUUCAGUCAAAGGGAUGAUGGGAGUGUGCAGCUGUGAUGUGGCCGGUGGUAUUGUUAUUGAGCCAUCAAGGUGGUGUGAGCGAGCCACGGCCUUGGAGGAGGGGAAGGGAAGUUGGCAUCAUGCCUCAGACACUUACUAGUGAUGUGACCCCAGACAAGAUGGUGACCACGUUGGCAAAAUGGAGGCAAUAAAGCAACCUUCCUGUGAAGAUCAAACUAAAUAAUAUUUGCAAAGCACAUUUCAGAUCCCAAAGCACUGCAUACGUGUUAACAAUUACUGUUAGACUCUAUGGGUUUGUAGAUGCCCCAGCAGCCUUGGGACCUGGGAAGCAAGUUAAAUAAAUAAUGGUCAGAAGAGGUCUCAGUUAGACCGUCCUGGAUAAUGAUUAAAACCAUACCAAGAUGCGA